AUGGACAGCGAUGGCAAGCCCACCAGCGCGCUCGUGGAGGAUAUCAACGGCUCUUCACCUACAACAUCCCUUGCGGAGAAGUCCCAUACGCAUCCGUUACCUCCUCCUCACCUGCACGCUCCCCCAAGCGCCUCGUUCGCUGCCCGGCUUGAAGAGACCCCUGCGCAGCUGCUCACUGAGCUUCCGGCAUACGAGAUUGAACGACAACUCCUUCGCAAGCUCGACUGGUACCUCGUCCCCUGGCUUUCGUUGCUCUACCUCCUCUCCUUCCUCGACCGUACCAGCAUCGGCAACGCAAAGCUGUACAACCUCGAGAAGGACCUUGGCAUCACCGACCACCAGUAUCUCAUCGCACUAACAAUAUUCUUCAUCUCUUAUGCGGUCUUCGAAGCACCCAGCAACGUAUUCCUCAAGCGCCUCAGGCCAAGCAUAUGGCUCAGCUUCACCAUGCUCAUGUGGGGAAUAAUGAUGACCGUCCAGGGGCUGGUGCAUGAUUACGGCGGACUGCUGACGAUGCGCUGGUUCCUGGGGCUGUUCGAAGCCGGCCUUUUCCCUGGUGUCAACUACUACCUUUCAUGCUGGUACAAGCGCUCGGAGUUUGGCAUACGCGCUGCUGUGUUCUUCUCCGCUGCUACGGUCUCGGGCGCCUUUGGCGGGCUACUCGCAGCGGCGAUUAGCAACAUGGAAGGCGUAGGCGGCAAGCCAGCCUGGGCGUGGAUAUUCAUCAUCGAAGGCUUGGCCACUGUGCUCGCGGGUGCCGCCUCCUUCUGGAUCAUCCAGGAUUUCCCUGACACGGCCAAGUUCCUUACGGAGGAAGAGCGCGCGUUCGUCAUCCGCCGGUUGCAGGAGGACGAUCAGUUCUCUGCCGCAGGAGAAAGCUUCAAGUUUUCGUACGUCUGGGCUGCUGUAAAGGACUGGAAGACUUGGGUCGGUAUGUUGUGCUACACCGGUGUUGACGGGCCGCUGUACGCGUUUUCCCUCUUCACACCGAGCAUUAUCAACCAACUCGGGUACACUGCGACCCCCGCGAACUUGCUCUCCGUCCCUGUCUAUGUAUGGGCCUGCAUUCUCACCUGCGGCGUGGGGUGGCUAGCAGAUCGCCGGCAGACACGUGCAUACUUCAACCUCAUCUUCCUCACUGUUGGUGCGGCAGGAUACAUCAUCCUCAUCGCUUCUCGCAAUCCCGCGCUGUCCUACUUUGCAGUUUACCUCGCAGCAUCUGGAAUCUACCCGCUCAUCCCUAAUACCGUGGCUUUCGUCAGCAACAACACCGAGGGGAGCUACAAGCGCUCUGUUGUCCUGGCUAUGGUGAUCGGAUUUGGGAACCUGAACGGCGCUGUGAGCAGUAACAUCUAUCGGGCUCAGGAUACGCCCUGGUAUCGUCUUGGGCAUAUCAUCGUGCUGGUAUACAUUUGCAUCGGAUUCAUCAGCACGGUCGUCAUGAUGAUAGGCUUGAAACGGGAGAAUGCGGCGAGGGAGAGGGGGGAGAAGGACGAAGUAAUAGAAGGAGAGAGGCCGGUUGGCGAGAAGGCGGUUGGGGACGCGAAGAAUGGGGUGUAUGAGACGGUCGAGGAUGCGAAGAGGGACAAGGGGGACCAGUGGUCUGGGUAUCGCUAUGUCAUCUAG